CAAACGGCUAUGCCAGAGCAGAUGAUCCAUCGCGUUACAAAUAAGUGGGCAUGUUCUGACGAUAAAGAUCAUUAUAUACAUUUGUAAACAGUGAAUGAAUUAUAUGUGGUAUGCUGCCAGGCCAAUCAGUGUUAGCUGAUAGGGUGCGGAGUUAGGAGUUCUCACUACAAGGGGAUCGCACCACAGACAGCACCCACUUCAAAUAGCAUGGAAAUAUAUCUAAUGAUCCAGCUAACUUCCUACUACAAUCAGACUGCAGCCUCACCAAUGUAACUCAGAACUGAUGUUUACAGGAUACACCGAGAAUAUCUAGGUAUUUACAAAUCGAAUACAUCUGGUUAAAACUUGGAUAGCAAACAAAAAAAAAGAAUUUAACGGUUGUGAUAUAUUGUUAGCCUGUUCCGAGGGAUUACUCAACAGACAAAAACUGGAGGAAGUGUGGAUUUCCGUGUAAAAAUGAUAUGAAUUCUGGCCCAGCAUGUGGCACAACAGAUAGUUUAUGAUAUGGACUACACUGGAGAGCAUGCUUGUUAUCACCUCAGCACCGAUACAUAAUACUUGUGGAAUUCAUAAAUGUGGCAACUUUGUCAUUUUUACAGACUUUCUGUAGGAUAAAUAAUUCGGUGAUACAUAAAAACAGGCAGCGUGUUCACAAUUCUGUUAAGUUGUCUUUCAACCAUUCUUAUCAUCACCUUUAGUAAGUGGAGUGAUUAUUCACACUUCUGUGUUAUUCCGGGACAUCACUAUGGAAUAUUUGUGCACUGUACUGUUAGCGUUCCUACUUUACUGGUCCGCGAUCAUCCCCGUGUGGGGGAUUCCUCGGCACUAUAACUCGGCACAGGAUACGUGCGUCUUAAGCCUUGUCAUCCCCAAGGACAGUAUAAAAAACAACUGUGACAACCAUGAGGCACUCAUGGCCAAACUACAAUCGUUAGAGGCCCAGCUACGACAGAUGAGCCACCAUGUACGGGUCAUCGACACACAGCGCAUUCAACCAGCAAUGACACAAUACGCUGAUCUGGCAAACAAGGUUGAAAGCAUGGAAAGUCAAAUGAGUGCAAUGACAUUAAAAAACCGAUAUCUAGAAUCAAAAUAUCAUGAAUUUGAGUCCAAAAUUGAAACGUUAAGCAGGUUAAGUUCAAAAUCAACAGAGGAUUCUGAUAGACUACUGGACCCUAUUAAACCGUUACUGAUGGCAGAGUUUCAAAUUCUAAAAGCAAAUUUAAUGCAGAGUUUAGAACAAGAACUUUUCCAUAUGUAUUCCCGAAACUUUGAGGAUACCGGCUCAGCCAUGGACAUGGACGAGAAUUCAGAAAAUUCCUCAUUGAAGGAUUUAGCAUUGAAGGGCGAUAACUCUAUUUUUAGGAAUAAAGAUCAAGAAAGUGAUGAAUUAUUGGAGGUGGAAUCAGUAAAUAUCAACCAACUUGCUAGAUCACUCCAAAAAUUAACUAGCAGCCAUGACAAGGCAAUUGACCAAUUAGGAGAAGGUGAAACAGCGCUGGAGAAGGAGGGUCAAUCCAAUAUAACAGUGGACACCAAUUCCUCCAGGGUGUUGGAUGAACAAGAGCUAGGAAACACAUCAGCUGGCAUUGAUCUGUCAGAGAUCCUGAAAGUCUCAACAGACAAUACAUCAGCAGAGAAUGAAUCUUCAAGCAACUCAUUGUCCUGGGGCACUUCAUCAAGUAACACAACUCAGGACAUAUCACAGUCCGAUUUGUCAGUCAAGGAAAAAGACCAGCUAACAAAUGAAAUAUCACAACAACUCAAGGUCAUAAUACAACGUACUGUUAAAGCAGCUAUACAACAACAACAGGAGGAGGUUACCAUAGCAACUGUGGUUCAGGACACAGAAACAACAAUUUGCUCUCAAUGCAACUUUACCGCCAAAAUUUCAGAACUUGAAAUAAACUUUUUGGAACUGAAAAAUAAUCUGACAGCAAUUUCUAGAAAUGACCGGACAUCCUCUCUGUUGGACAGUCUCCUAGUCACACAACAGGUGUCUGAAUUGAAGGCAGGUCUUGAAUCUCUCAGCAGACGGGUUGAUGGACCUCAAAAUACGCUUCAGCGAGCAUCACACUUACAGAAUGAGCUUGACAUUCUGAAGACACACAUUCAAGUAAACCUGAAGGAGCGACUUGAGUCAUCCAUGACAGCUCUGCAGCAAAGAAUGACUAUUCAAGAGAGGAACAACAAUAUGUCAAGUAGUUACCUCAAUAUAUUCAAGCAGACACUACAGAGUUAUCGCAACGAGAGUCAGAACAUGCAAGCAAAUCUGCAACAGAGCAUUGACACAGUUCAGUCUCAGCUCAAACAUCUCAACAAGUCACGCAACCAAAACUCGGACAUGGAAAUGCGGCUGAAUGACCUUGAGGCUGAUUUUGGCGGCUUUGACUUUAAGCAAAAUGCUUUUGAUGUAAAACUUGAUCGCAUCAAAGACACCAUGGCACAAAAUGAUCGGGAAAUCGGAACCAAGUUCCGGUCUCUUCAGCAAAAUCUUCUUCGUAUCCAAUCUAAGUUUUCAGUUAUAACAAAUCUGAGUCGCAGUGUUCAGAUUAUUGGUGUCAAGCAAGCAACAAUGGCACAAAAAGUCUCCAAAAACGGACAGACAAUGAAGUACUUGUACAUCCAAAAGAAGCUGGAGUCGGGAGACUGGAUGGAAUACAACUUCACCUACAACAGCAUCAAGAACAGCUGCAACAAGCUCCAGUAUGUCCGCCAGAACAGCGUCUGUAGCGGGACAAUUGCAAGAUUCGUAGGCGUGAUUUUGUGUUCUGAAGACAGAUACAAGAUUUUACUGGGAAAUUCGCUGGAUGAGGACUUCCUAGACAUUGCAGAUGAGCAUGGCUAUGGUCAGGACCACUGUGAGUUUGUGGGCGGGUCAAGUGAAGCAGAUGGUUCGGUGGAAAUAGAUUUUUCGUUUUUCCCUUCACAAAAAGCAUAUGUGCGAGCAGAGUGGGGUCAGGAGCCCCGCAUUGCAAAUAUAUCCCCCAUCUUGACUCCAGUAACAAGAUGGUAUGAGUGUGGGGUCAAAAUACCCUGAGCUACAACUACAUCUGACCCCACUGUGACAGGGCGAGUAUGAGUGUGGGGUCAAAAUACCCUGAGCCACAACGUCAUCUGACCCCACUGUGACAGAGUAGGAUCUCUAUCCAGGAGAAUUAGUCUGUCAUACCAACAAGAAAAAAACGAGGAUGACGAUGCUUUCCAUACAAAAGGAGAUAACUUAUGGAAAGCAAACAAAAUACAACUUUUCCCAUACAAGAGGAGAGAACUCUGGAAGGUAAAGUGUAUAGAAGUUGUCCUGUACAGGAGGAGAUAACUCUGUCUUACAAAAGAAAGUGGAUAUAAUUUUCCCCUUACAGGAGAAGAUAACAAUGUGAUGAAGAAAUAUGUUGCCUCUGUGAUACAAGGGAAAAAAACUCUAAACAGGAGUAGAUAACUCUGUGGUAGAGUACCUGUGUGUCAUAAAAAUCACUUGUUGUUGACACAAAGAGGCCUUCAAACUGUGGUAAAACAUCUGUGUAUCAUAAAAAUAACUCAUUGUUUACACAGAGGGGCUAUCACUCUGUGACACAAACAAUCUAAUGAGCUGUACAGUUUGGUGUAGACAGAUGAAUAAACUAUGGGGAGAUAACUCUAGAUGUGUUGAGGAAGUGGAGAAUGAGUAGAGGUCGUGAACUUGGCCUGCUGGAAUGUUAAGGUUGAGAACUGUUGCCUGAAUAGAGACACUGAGGAUAUUUGUAAAUGGCUGUCAUUGUAAAAAUAUAUUAGAAUAGAAUAUUUUGCACUGUUUCCAUAUUUGACUUAUUUUUAAAUAUUCAUAUAAAAAAAUAUUGUGAUUGUAUGGUUCGAUUGAUUGUUUUAUCUUUGUUUUCUGAUAAGGAGAGAUUGAUAUUUGUAAAUCAUUGUUUGACAAACAUUUAUUUUCCAAACUGACAAUGUGUUUUUAACUGUUCAACAACUUAUUUACAAGGAUUGAAAUUUGAGAAAAUGAACAAUUACUCAUAAAAUGUGUAUUUAUUGUUUAAAUGUGUUAAAUAUUAAUGAGAAAAAUCACCAAAUUUCUUAAAUCUUCAUUGCAAAUUACAAUGUAAUACAAUAUUAAUAUUAUGUCCACAGUAUAUGGACCCUUACCUUGUUGUCUAUAUAAUGUACAGAGAUGAUAUGAUCUGGUAGGAAUGUCAUAGAGAUAAGAGAUUAUUAUUCAAGAUCAUAUUUUUUAAAGUUGUGUUGCUGAGUUUUCAUAAACUGACAUUUUUAUUGUUAUAAAUUUCUUUUAUGUGAUUGAUAUGGAAAUAUCUGUAUAAGGCAAUAAAACAAUAACAAAAACUCCAGUGGCUUUAGUGAAGAUUGGACGGUUAGUGACGGAGACUAAUCUGUCUACAGGCAUAUACUUCUGAAGACAUUACUGUUUGAAAUAUGUCUUUUAUUAAAAAUAAACAUUCUGCUGUAUCUAUAUAUAUUUUCUGAAAUCAAUAAUGAUUUUAGUACAGUUCAGCUUUGUUCAUAUGACCUUGAAUUCAUUAAUAUAGUCACAAUGACCCAGCAGGAAUACCUCUCCUCAGUCAACAUCUUGAAAAUACAGAGGCUCCACCUGGUGGCUAUAUGUGCACCACCAGAUGGAGCUUAGAUAAACACACUCGGCACUGCUUAGUCUACAGGGAUGAGAGGGUAAGAUGAUUUACACUACAUGAAAACACAUUGUCACUUUGUAGGAACUUGCCACUAAACUAAGGCCUUUUAUCAGAGACGAGCAUACGAACAUCUUAUCACUCCAUGGGACGUACACAUAGCGAUAUGUACAAUAAUAAUUCAUAUGUACAACUAUUUUCUUUGUCUUUAUAACACCUUGUUACUAAUGUCAGAGCCUUUUGUAUGAUGUUGAUCACCAAUACUACCACUACAUGUACUAGACCUGGGGUGACUUUUAUACUACCGCUACAUGUACUAGACCUGGUGUCACUUUUAUACUACCACGACAUGUACUAGACCUGGGGUAACUUUUAUACUACCACUACGUGUACUAGACCUGGGGCCACUUUUAUACUACCACUACACGUACUAGACCUGGGGUCACUUAUAUACUACCACUA